AGGAUACACACUCUUGGGUCAGACUGGUCAGUUUUUCAGACAUAUGGUUGCAUGAGGGAGGUUACACCGUGUGUACCGGUUGUUUGAGAUCAGAAGAGAGGGGUAAGGACAGGGUGUCGUGCGUGUUCUCGUCCCUGCUGGUCGGGGUACGAGUAGGGAGCUGGCCUCCCCAAAGAGACGAAUCUUCAGAAUCUUAUUUUGUCCCACUUUUGUUCCCACUGAAGAAAGUGAAAUAAAUGCAGAUGGAGGCGGAAGGCUACAUAAAGGAAUUCACCCGCCACUCUAACGAUGUUUUGCUGAACUUAAAUGAACUGCGGCGUCGGGACAUUCUGACAGAUGUCACGCUGCUACUGGGCACCGCAAAGCUGCGUGCCCAUUGCGCUGUGCUCAUAGCAUGCAGUGGAUUCUUCUACUCUCUCUUCUCUCAUCGUGUGGCUUGUGGUGAGCGAGGCUUUUCUCUUACCCUUCCGGAGGGGCUGGACGCGGGCAGCGUGUCCCUGUUGCUGGACUUCAUGUACACCUCCCGACUUCGUCUCACGCCCCGUACCGUGUCUGGAGUGCUUGCCGCCGCCACCUACCUGCAGAUGGAGCAUGUCGCAGACACCUGCCGAGCAUUCAUUCAGCACAGUGAGACGGUCUCCGUAAGUCCCUGUUUGAUGGAGCCAGCCCCCAGAGCGGCCCUUGGUGGCAGGUCGCCACCUGUGCAUUCCACCGUCUUCUCCUCCCCAUCCAGGCCUUCAGCUGAUGCAGAAGAUCCAAGCCCAGACCGAGCCAGGGUUCCGGGAGAGAGCUGUGCCUCCCUGGAUCCAAGAACUAGCCUGAAAUUAGAAGAACCUGUAUCCUCUCCUCCAAAUCCUUCCACCCCAUUCCAAGACAGUCCUUCUGAUUCCAGUGGCCAUCCCAAUUCACCUUCUGAGUCCAGCAGCUGCAGUAUAUCUCCCCAACUAAAGAAGAGAUCUGAAUCUAAGCCUACUCCUGAUCCUAAAACCUGUAACUGGAAGAAGUACAAAUAUAUUGUCCUCAACCCUCUGUGUGCCACACCUAUAAAGGAGGAGCGGCCUGGAGAGAAGCAUCAAGCACAAAGCCACUUCCCCUAUGUCAGUGAUAGGAUGGAAGCCUCAUCUAAGGCACCCAAUGAUGUAUGGACAGGAGAGGUGCCUAAUAGGAAAAGCUCAUCCAAUCAAUACAGUGCAUCACAGCCAAAAAUAUAUUUUACUCCCCAUCAUGAUAUCGACCGCAAUUUGCAACCUUUGACCCUUUCAAUGACCGAGGACAAAAGUCUCUGCAGUCCUUAUCUUUGUACACCACUUUUGGAAAUGGCUAAUCAGAGGGGUCAUUUGUUAGGCCAACAUCCAAUCAAGUUUGAGAACCUCUCUACACAGCUCAGUUGCUCUGGAAAUAAUGGCAACACAAAACCUUCCUGCACAGGAGACAAGCCAUACCGCUGUAAUGUGUGUGGGGCGCAGUUCAACCGGCCUGCUAAUCUAAAGACCCAUUCCCGCAUCCACUCUGGAGAAAAGCCCUACCGCUGUGACACCUGCAGAGCCAGAUUUGUCCAGGUUGCUCACCUGCGUGCUCAUGUUCUGAUCCACACCGGGGAAAAGCCGUACCCAUGUAACACCUGCGGAACCCGUUUCCGCCACCUGCAGACGCUGAAGAGUCACCUGCGUAUUCACACUGGAGAAAAGCCUUACAGCUGUGAGAAAUGUCACCUGCAUUUCCGUCAUAAGAGCCAGCUGAGGCUGCAUCUGAGACAGAAACAUGGAGCAAUCACCAACACCAAGAUCCGUUACAAGGUUCUGGCUGACCCGUACCAACCUGGGCCCACUCUGCUACAAGCUUGCUGAAAGCUACUUUUAUGCAUGGGUAGCAUCUAAAUGCUUAUUCUUAAAAUCUGCAGAUAGUUAAAAAUCCAUACAUAUGAGCUGAGGAUUGAUGGAUCUGUAAAACAGUAUUGUAAAGCAUUUUAAGAAGUGGAGUGCUGCAUUCGAGGAGCGCAUUACAAUAAAUAUACCGGAGAACACAUGCUAGACCUCCAAGAAUGCAGUACUCCUGCACUAGAUGUGCUGACGAUUCCCUUCAUUAUUUGUUAAAAUAGUAUUAUUUAUUUUGCUUGGCUGAGAAUUAUCUCUGUUUCUCAUGUUCAUUUAAAUCAUGUUUUGUGUAAUUGCAAAAAGUAUUUUCUUUUUAUUUAUUUUUUUGUCAAAGACAUUUUCUAGCAAAAUGGGAAUUUGUUUGGUGAGUAAAACAUGUGGCAGGUGAAAUGAAUGUAAUUCUAACAUUCAAAAGGGAAUGUUAGGACCAAUGGGAAACUUUAACAAUUAUUUUCCAAAUAUUUGUUCAGUUAUGAAGUUAAAGAUGGUUUGUGGCGUGUGUAGCGGUUAAGUAGUUCAAGAGAGAUGUGAGAGCGGAAUAAAAGUAAAAACGAGCAGAGCAUGGAAUUCUGCAAAGAUGUAGGAGAGAUAACGAAGGGAAAAUAGAUUAAUAAAGAAAGUGUAAUGAGGGAAUUAAGCAUGUUUGAGAAAGAUGAGACAAAAUACAUUUUUUUUCCAAUAUGCUGUCAUUUUAUUAUCUAUUUAUUUUUCAUUAUUAUUACUUUGUAUUUUUACCUAUUCAGAGAGAGUGCUUUUUUUUCUUUCUUUCUUUUUUUUCUCAUUAAUUCUUCUUCUUCUUCUUUUGUAAUAGUAGAAUAACCAGAAUGGGGGCAAACUUAAAUAUAACCUUAUAGUUGCUUAUUUAAUGCCAGUUAUUCAGUUAUUAUAUCUUAAUGUACUAAUUUAAAAGGCCUGGAGCCUAUUUAUUUUUAAGCAAUAAUCUCAGAGGAUUAGCCUCUUAGUGUAUCCCCAGCUGUAUUUUACUGAUAGUUUUGUUUGAGAGAUCAGACUGUGAUGUUUAUGGUGUAUGACAGUUUAAUCCAAGCAGUAGUCCAAGUAGUCCAAGCAGGUUGAGGACUCUCACUAGCCAAACAAAGAUAAGUGUAAAAAGUGAUGAUGAGGAUAAUAAUAUCGACAAUAUUGUGUAACGCUCUUUUGCUGGACAAAGACAAGAUCAUUUAUAUAUACAUAAAUUAAAAUUAAAUUAAUUUCUCUUA